UCCGUCACCUUUACGGAAUCAGCCGAGGACUCAUUCACGAGUGAAUCAACGGCGCUGUUCUGGUCUAGAAGGCCAAAUAGCGUCAAGCAAAAUGUUGCGAUUGCCAGCAGUAAGUCGUGCCCUGGCUGGGGCGGCCCACUCCAAGUGCUCCAUUGCCACCUCUAACAAUGUGCUAACCUCAGUCCGGGCCUCAAGCAAUAUGGUUGAAGUAUUUGUAGAUGGAAAUCCUAUCAUGGUGGAAUCAGGGACCACUGUACUACAGGCAUGCGAGAAAGUUGGCGUGCAGAUUCCUCGUUUCUGCUAUCACGAUCGGCUGUCAGUGGCAGGCAACUGCCGCAUGUGUCUGGUGGAAAUCGAGAGAGCGCCAAAGCCUGUAGCAGCGUGUGCGAUGCCUGUCAUGAAAGGGUGGAAUAUUCUGACCAACUCUGAGAAAACACGGAAGGCCAGAGAGGGAGUCAUGGAGUUCCUUCUUUCCAACCACCCUCUUGACUGUCCAAUCUGUGAUCAAGGAGGAGAAUGUGACCUCCAGGAUCAGUCCAUGAUGUUUGGUGCAGACAGAAGUCGUUUCACAGAAGAGAAGAGAGCAGUGGAAGAUAAGAACAUUGGCCCACUCAUCAAAACAAUUAUGACACGCUGCAUACAUUGCACACGUUGUGUACGUUUUGCUAGUGAGGUUGCUGGGGUCGAGGAUCUGGGAACCACAGGACGUGGUAACAGCAUGCAGAUUGGUACCUACGUAGAGAAGAUGUUUAUGUCUGAGAUGUCUGGUAAUGUGAUUGACUUGUGUCCUGUUGGAGCGCUGACAUCCAAACCGUACGCUUUCACUGCACGACCCUGGGAGACCAGGAAAACUGAGUCUAUUGAUGUGCUGGAUGCUGUGGGCUCUAAUAUUGUGGUGAGCACCAGGGGUGGUGAAGUCAUGCGAAUUUUGCCUCGAGUCAACGAGGACGUCAAUGAAGAAUGGAUAUCAGACAAGACCAGGUUUGCAUAUGAUGGGCUGAAGAGGCAGCGUCUGACCCAGCCCAUGGUAAAGGAUGCCAGUGGUCAGCUGGGAACUACCACCUGGGAGGAUGUUCUUACACGUGUGGCUGGAGCACUUCAGGGAGUUCAGGGUUCUGAGAUAGGAGCUAUUGUUGGUGGGAUGGUAGAUGCUGAGGCACUGGUGGCUCUAAAGGACCUGCUGAACAGACUGAACAGUGAGACCCUCUGCACUGAGGAGAUCUUCCCGAUGGCUGGUGCCGGAACCGACCUACGCUCCAAUUACCUCUUAAACAGCCGUAUCACUGGCAUUGAGGAGUGUGACCUUCUCCUUCUGGUCGGCACAAACCCACGCUACGAGGCUCCUCUUUUCAAUUCACGUGUCCGAAAGAGUUGGUUGCAUAAUGAGCUACGGGUGGCAAUGGUGGGUCACAAGGUUGACCUGAGCUACACUUACGACCAUCUGGGUGAUUCUACACAAGUGCUGCAGGAGAUUGCUGUGGGAACGCACCCUUUCUGCAAGGUCUUGGCCCAGGCCAAGAAGCCUGCUGUAGUGGUGGGUAGCUCCAGUCUCCAAAGGGAGGAUGGGGCAGCCAUCUUUAAUGCCGUGUCCACAAUUGCUCAAAAUGCUCUGGCCAGCAGUGGUGUUGAGGAGAGCUGGAAGGUUCUCAAUGUGCUACACAGGGUGGCCAGUCAAGUGGCAGCCCUGGACUUGGGUUACAAGCCUGGUGUUGAGGCCAUCCGGAAGAACCCUCCAAAAGUGCUGUUUCUCCUAGGAGCUGAUUCUGGUUGCAUCACCAGAGCAGACUUGCCCAAAGAUAGCUUUAUUGUCUACCAGGGUCACCACGGAGACGUAGGUGCAACCAUGGCUGAUGUCAUCUUGCCUGGUGCUGCAUACACAGAGAAGUACGGCACAUACGUCAACACAGAGGGCCGUACACAGCAAACCAGGGUGGCGGUCACUGCUCCCGGCAUGGCACGUGAGGACUGGAAGGUUCUGCGUGCCAUCUCUGAGUUGGCGGGAGUCACAUUGCCAUAUGACACACUGGAUGAGGUAAGGGGAAGGCUGGCAGAAGUCUCUCCUAACCUGGUAAGAUAUGAUGACAUAGAGGAGGCCAAUUACUUCAAACAGGCCAAUGAGCUUUCAAAGGCUGUGAAUCAGUCAUUGCUUGCAGCUCCUCUUGUCCCUCCUCAGCUCACAGUGAAGGAUUUCUACAUGACAGACCCUAUCAGCAGAGCCUCUCAGACCAUGGCCAAAUGUGUGAAGGCUGUGACCGAGGGAGCGGCAGCAGUUGAUGAGCCCUCCAUUUGUUAAAAACUCUUACAAACACACCAAUCUGUCCAUAGUAACACACACUGCACAGUCAUCACAUACAUGUUGAAACUUAGCUCGGGAUUUCAUCAUACUGUACCGUUUGUCUCUAGCAUCUUACAUUGACUAAAGCAGAGCAGUAAACAUGUGUGAAAUUGAUCUUGCUCAUAUUUAAAUAUGCUUUAUAGGGUGUUGUACAGCUUUCAUUCCCAUUUUAAGGCAGAUGGAGGUCUGCUUUGUUAUGGAAAGCUCUUAUGAUAAAUAAAAAAAUGUAUUGGAUCAAUA